ACCUCCUCCUCCUCUUGCAUUGCCAGGGGAAGCCACCCUGGGUGCACCGGUGGACACCUCGCCCACACUGGCGCACUGCAAUGCCUGGGGGAGCCACUCCUGGGGGCGCCAGUGGGCACCUCGCCCACACUGGCGCACCAGAGUGCCUGGAAGAACCACACCUCGCCCACACUGGCGCACCAAGUCCCAUGUGGACGCCUCUCCAUAAAAAACUGUCGCACUGCAAUGACCGGGGAGCAAGUCUUGGAGCGCCGGUGGACACCUCGCCCACGCUGGCGCACCAGAGUGCAAACCGAAAGCCAUUAGACACCUCGCCCACACUGGCGGGCGCACCGCAAUGCCUAGGGGAGCCAUUUUGGGGUUUUCUGUGGACGCCUCUCCAGGAAACUGGCAUGUACUGCAACUGGGGGGUAGCAGCUCUUGGGGCUCCGGUGGACACUUCGCCCACAUGACUGGCGCAAGGGCCACUAUGCGCGCGCCGGUGGACACCUCGCCCAAACAGGCGCACCGCACGAAUGCGCUGGACGGCCUGCGCGAGAUAGGACGGGCCCGACUUAAUCGUAUACAACAGCAGAAAAGGCCUCAUCUGAGGACCGCGGCAGGCAUCGCGCCGGCAGGUGGUGCGCCCGGUCUCGCAGAUGAGGAGGGAGGAGGCAGAUGGAUGGUGAAGAGAGAGAGAGAGAGAGAGAGAGGAGAGAGAGAGCAGAGCGGCAACGCGGCGUGUCGAGCCGACCCGCCAGAGCAUGACGGCCGUGAGCAGCAGCUGCAGCUCCUCCCUCAUACUCCCACCACGCCCGACUUAACCACAACCCGAAGGCGGCGCGCCCCGAAGGGCACAAGCGGCCUCAUGACCCGACCUGCACCCCUCCUCGACCAGAGCGCGCCGAGUGGGGCGCCUUUGUGGCGGGCCGCUGCGGCCUGUCGCACGCGGAACGCGACGCACGCCUGCGCACUCUGGCCAGGCGGCGGCCGCAAGCCUUCGGCAGAGCGUAGUGCAGCGCUGCUGCGCAGCAGCGGCCAGGAGCGAUCACAUCUCGCUCGAGAAUAG